AUGUAUGCUCCUGAUUUAAGAAGAGGACCAACCACAACAACCUUUUUAGGAACAGCAACCUACAUCACAGAACCUUAGGAAUAGAACAAAGCCACAACCAUAUUAAAGAUUGAAGAAGCUUAACCACCAAAUACUUUCGAUGAACUCUACACGCCACUCCCAAACCAAGUGGAAUUCAAGAAAAUCAACACAAAUGUGUUAAAUAGUAUGAAAUUCCCCUCCAAAUCAAAUGACAAAGAAGAUGGUUUAUUAGAAGUAAAAUCCAUGUUUACAUAAUGGCAGAAAUAUUUGAACUUAGAAGAACACAAAGCUGUUGUUUCAGAUUCCUUUUGGUAUGUCGUUACCAAAUUUUUUAAGAGAGAAAUCCAACCUGAUGAAACUUCUGAAACCUACCCCAAGAUUAACUUUAACAAAUUGCCAAAGGAGGAUUAAAAGUUGCUCACCAGAAUAUCUAGGAAUUAUAUCAAUUUAUUUUUGACAAUCGAUCGUAAAGAUGAUAGACAAUUAUUUUUUAAGACUUACUUUGAUAUUUUAGCCUAAAGCGUAUUCUAUGCCUUAUUUUACUCAUUCCCUUUGAGUAGGAGCAAAUUCAAUGAUGAUUUGAAAAAGUAAUUAUUGGAUGAGUUCUCAUAUCUAUUUACAGGAAUAGAGAUAGCGAAUAGUUAAAAGUAUCUGAAAGAGUGGAACCUAGAUUUAGGAGCAGGCAAUAUAUUCAAAAAGUAAGCAGAGUAGAAGUUUGCCAAGCAAUAACAAUAUGAGUAAUCACUCCCACCUAUUGUUUUGAGUUAAACGACAGUCAAGGCAAGAAACAAGAGAGUUAUGGUACCAAUUAAAUUUUCUCCAAUUGUGCAGAUCUAUCUUGCUGAGAACAAAUAUUCAACAAGGAAUUAAAUAUAAGAAUACAAAAUGAAAUUUACUGAAUCUGAAAAAAAUUAAGAUGAACUUGAGUUAAAGUUUGCUCGAUAUAUUAAAUUGGCUGAUCAAUUGAAAUCUGAAGCUAUAGCUAUGAGAGAUGACAACGAGAAUAGAAAGAAGAAGAUGAAAUCAGAGAUCAAGACAAUCAAAUAAGAGACUGUGAAUCAUCACAAGAGAUUGGAGAAGAGAAAAGCUGAAGAAUUGGAGAGAGGUGCUCAUGAAUAUGCCAAUUACUUAGUAUCUAUGUUAAAUGCAGGAAUUACAGUGGCCAAUUUAGGUGUAAGUAAAUAAAAAUGA